AUGCAGCGAUUUGCUGGUAUUGAAGAGACUGGCAAACUAGAUCAGGCCACUUUAGAAAUGAUGGGCAGGCCUCGCUGCUCUCUCCCGGACAGAAAUGUACAUUUCGUGCAAGAUUUUCCCUCUCCCUCCAUGUCUCCCACUCUACAUCCAGGGCUGGUAAGGCUCAUUUUGACCUAUGUUUUCCGAGCAUGGAGUGAUGUCACACAUCUGCGUUUCCACGGGAUUCGCCCUUCUCCAUAUGACCCGUCACCACAGACAGACAUCAAAGUCACCUUCGCCAGUGGCUACCAUGAGGAUGGAUAUCCUUUUGAUGGCAAGGGAGGCACACUGGCACAUGCAUUCUUCCCAGGAAAGGAAGAUCUUGCUGGUGACACACACUUUGAUGAUGGAGAGAGCUGGAGCUAUGGAGAAAGGAGCAGCAAUACUGAUUUAUUCACAGUUGCAGUGCAUGAGUUUGGUCAUGCUUUAGGCCUGUUUCACUCCUCCUCCAAUGAUUCCAUCAUGAAGCCUUAUUACUAUGGCCCUGUGAGAGACAUGUACAGCUACACCUUACCCCUUGAUGACAGACUGAGAAUACAGGCACUCUAUGGAAAAAGACCAGAUUUUAAACCUUCUCCAUCUGUUUCUGCACCCACAACUAUUCUGCCCCAUUUCUUGACCCCUGCUCCUCCACAUCCUCCCUAUCACCCAGCAGCCUCUGCUGAUCGCUGUCUGGGAGGUUAUGAUGCAAUCGCUAAUAUCAUAGCAGAGGUUUUCUUUUUUAGAGGUCCACACUAUUGGAGAGUACAUCAUUCAGGCUCAUUAAUGUCCUUGACUCCAGCUCUGAUCCACAGCUUCUGGAUCGGUUUGCCUCCAGAAACAACUAGAGUUGAUGCUGCAUAUGAGAGAAGAGAUGGAUAUAUUGUAUUCUUUAUUGGUAAUCGGUACUGGGUAUUUAGAAACACAAUGUCCCUCCCUGGGUACCCACGACCACUUUCAGAUUGGGGUUUAUGCUCUUCUGCAGGACAGGUAAUAGAGAGAGUGGAGGCAGUAUUUCUGUGGCCGCACAAUGGGAGGACGUACCUGUUCAGUGGUGGAGAGUACUGGAGGUUUGAUGAGGCGGGAACAGAGAGGAAGCUGGAGGAAGGGUACCCUAAACUGGCAUCCAUCUGGGGGAUGCCCUCUCGCCCUGAUGAUAUCAUUGGAUUUCUAGAUGGAGACACCUACUUCUUUAAAGAUUCAAACUACUGGAUUUUAAAAAGAGGAGGCCUGGAGCAGGAAUCUGCUUUCCCGAAGUCCAUUGCUACUGACUGGAUGAAAUGUGAUGGUAACCUUUCAACUCACACACCUGAGAUUCCCAGAAGAGACAGAGACUGUAGUUGCAUCCAGAGUUCAGCAGCUGGAAUAUGUGCUUUGUUAGCUGUUAUAUAUUCAAUUAUGGUAGUCUGUAUUUUGGUUCUAACUGAUAAUAUUCAUAUUAUUUGUGUAGUAUUUACUGCGAUUUUUAAUGUUGUGACUGUGUAG